AACAAUUUCAAUAUUAAAGAAAUCAUAUCCACUAAUCAAAUUAGCGCAAAAGGAACUCCACUUUUUAUUACCAAACCAAGUCAAAUGCAACUCAGUGUUGAUGUAAGUGAUUAUAAUGAUGUAUUGAAUUAUGUGUAUCCUGUCAUGUUCACUUAUAAUAGAACAGUUAUUAAUAAGAAUCUGAAAUGCGACGGACAAGUAAUUUUCAUGGGAAAUUCGCAAUAUUCAGAUUGCCAAAAAUAUGGAUGUGGAGAACAUGUAUGUUACUACUCAAAUGUAUUCUAUCAAAGGAAUUUUCCUUCUUUAGUUGAUUACAGCUGCCCUCCAAGUAAAAACAAUGAAGGUGUGAAAAGUUCGAUUUAUGUGACGUCGAGUGGAGCAAUACUAAAAAUGACUAAAAGUGUUGAUGAAAUUAUUUUGAUGGCUUCUUCAACAAUAAACACACCAGUUGGAACUUUUGUUUUGAGAAGUGAAAAAAGUAAUUAUGUAGCUAUAUUCACAAAUACCAAUAAAAAUGUUAUAUCGAUAAAUGAUACAAGUACUUCUUUUAAAAUUACAGCGAGUGGAGAUUGUGUUGUUAUAACACAAAAAUUGGGAAUUACAGAAUCAAGCGAUACACAAAUUUACAUUGAAAACAAUGGAAUGUGUGACGCGUUUUAUUUUAACAAAAAUAAAAAGUGCAUUCAAUGCAAAACCGGGAAAUUAUUUGGAAAUACAUGUUAUGAUUUGUCUUCUGUUUCAAAUUGUAAAAAAUCGAACAAAAAUUUUGGGUGCGAAGAUUGUGAAAAUGGAUAUGGCAAUUCGAUAUAUUCUUGUAACAGUUGUGGUUCCAAUUGUAAUCGGUGCGUGUCAAAUACCUUACAAAAUUCAUUUACAUGUAUUGAAUGUGAAAAUGGUUAUUAUUUGAAAAAUAGGGAAUGUGAAACGUAUGACAACACUAACACUAAACUAUUCUCAUUGAAUUAUACAAUAUUAUGUCAUAGUGGAUAUUACUCUACUGUAACGAGUUGUGAAAAGUGUAUCGAUAAUAAUUGUGAUGUAUGUGUUGAAACUGGCAUGAGGUGUGUUAUAUGUAACACCAAAUAUUAUUUAGAAAACGGGAAAUGUAUACCAUACAAAGAAGGCACUUUAUAUUCACAAGAUUUCGUAACAUGUGAAAAGGGGUAUUACGUGAAUAUAAUUCAAAAUAAAGAAACAAAGUGUACUAAAUGUUCAGAAACGUAUGGUGAAAAUUGUGAAACAUGUAAUUCAAAAAGAUGUUCAAAAUGCACAAAAGGUGUUUUAGAUUCAAAUGGUUAUUGUACAUUAAACAGUGGGUGUGAGAUUAUUGAAAAUGGUAUGUGUGUCAGAUGUCAAACUCAAUUGAACACACAAUAUUUUAAUGGUGCUAAAUGUGUGUUAUGUGAUAAAAGUGUGAAUUGUACAAAAUGUGAAUUUAAUAAAUGUGUAGAAUGUUCAGAAAAUAGUUAUUUGUACGACGGCGAGUGUCACUCUACUAUCAAUAAGAAUUGUGAAAUUAUUAGUACAACAAACAACUUCUGUUUAAGUUGUCCAAAUGGGUUUUAUUUAAACAGCCAAAAGACGUGUAUGAGUUGUGGCAAUAAUUGUAGUGUUUGUUCUUUAGAAAGUGUAUCGAGUACACUCUCUUUUAAAUUGGAUGACGCAUCUGCUACACAAAAUGAUUCGACUUUGGUUUGUAAAUUGUGUAAAGGUGGGUAUGCUUUUAAAGAAAACACAAGUAUAUGUCUUGAUUCAAAAGAAAUAACUAAAAACUGUAAAAAUGCAAUUCCAGGAACAUCUUCAAGUGGCUGUGCCGUAUGUAUGGAUGGGUAUUAUAGAGAUAAUGUCAUUUGUAAACCAUGUAUUUCCAAUUGUGAAUUUUGUAACACCCAUUCAACGUGUUUAAAAUGUGCAUCAGAGUAUUUCUUGUUAACUAAUUCGACAAAGUGUAUUCCUUAUUCAGAAAAUGCCAAUUGUAAGAAGGUAUUGCAAUAUGGGUGUGACAGGUGUAAUGAUGGCUUUUUCGUUGACAAACAAUUUUGUACUUCCUGUGACUCAAUAACACCUUUUUGUGUAAAUUGUAAUACACACAGUGGUCAAUGCACUUCAUGUGUAUCCAGUUACAUUUUAUCAGGACAGUCUUGUGUUUUAUUUUCAACAAUUGAACAUUGUAAAAAAGAACAUAAUUCCAAAUGCUCCAAAUGUUCUUUUUGGUACAUUCCAAGUGAAGAUGGAGAUCAUUGUGAUACACAUGCAGUUUGGUGGUUUAUAUUAAUAUGGGUACUUUUUGUCAUUAUAGUAGUGAUUAUAAUUACUCUCAUCAUUUGUUUCUCUGUGAAGUAUAUUAUGCAAUAUAUGAAACUUGAAGAACAGCGCAAGAAAACAGCUAUCUUUGAUAUGGACAAAUCAAACAUCAGUUUUAUGAAACUCGGCACUUCUCGUGUUAUGGUAAAUAAGCACCAAAUUGAACUUUUAGGAGACGACAAAAUUGAGAUUCCAGUCACAGAAGAAAGUCGCGAAUUGAUAUGUAUUGGAAAUGGUGAUAAAACUGCCAUUAAAGUACAAUUCAGUUUCAAAGAGAAGAGUGACAAAUACACCAUUCGAACCACACCUGAGUUAUUUGUAAUUCCAUCUGGUAAAGCAGCUGAAUUUGAAAUUUUUGUGACUCCACUUUGUACAUGUACUGUAACAGACAAAUUGGUUUUAGUAUCCGUUAACAUGAAAAAAGGUACUCCUGAGAUGAAUGAAAUUCCAAUACGAUUUCAAACAGUCAUUUCAUCACGACUUGAUUAUGAAGAAGUUGCAGAAGAAAAGAAAAUUGGCGAAGGAUCAUUUGGAGUUGUCUACAAAGGGACUUAUAGAAAGAAUAUUGUUGCUAUUAAAAAAAUGAAGAAUGAAGGAUGUACAAAACAACAAAUUGAAGAAUUUGAAAAAGAAGUGAAUAUGCUAGAAAAGUUCAGAAGUGAUUAUAUCGUCCAUUUCUAUGGUGCAGUAUUUGUGCCAAAGAGAAUAUGUCUUGUCACUGAAUUUGCAGACUUUGGAAGUUUACAAGACUUAAUGAAUCACAAAAAGAGUGAAGAAAUUGAGAUGAACUUACGUAUUAAAUACAUGUUAGACGCAUCUAAAGCCAUAUUCUAUUUACAUGAAAAUGGGAUCUUACACAGAGACAUCAAACCAGACAACAUUCUAAUCUUUUCAUUUGAUUUGAACGUAAAAGCAAAUGCUAAAUUGACUGAUUUUGGUUCAAGUCGAAACGUCAAUUUAUUAUUGACUAACAUGACUUUCACUAAAGGGAUUGGAACACCAAAAUAUAUGGCGCCUGAAACACUCAACUCAAUGAAGUACAAAAGACCUGCAGAUAUCUAUUCUUUUGCCAUCACAAUGUAUGAAUGCUUUAUUUGGGGUGUUGCGUACCCAAAAAAUGAAUUCAAAUACUCGUGGAAUAUAGUCAAUUUUGUGGCCUCUGGAAAACGACGACAAAAGCCAGAUUUUGUCACUGAUAACCAAUUUGAGAUUAUCACAGAGUGUUGGAAACAACAACCUGCAGACCGACCGCCCAUCGAGGAUGUUGUUGAAAAGUUAGAGAAACUAUAA